AUGGCCUCCCAGUUCUCGACCAACGGUGCGACCGCCUCCGCAGCCGGUACCGCAGCCGGCACCCCUCUCCUCUCCAUCAACGACAUCCCCAAAUCGUGGACCUUCACAUCCAAGCAUCCCCCUGACAGGAUGUUCCCGACACCUGCGCUUUCGCACAGCACGCCUCGCGAGCAGAUAACAUCCCGGAUAGUUCGCGAUGCUGUGUUCACAUGGGUACGCCCGGAGACCGUCGCGUCUCACGAGCUGCUGGCUAUCAGCCCAGCCGCCAUGCGCGACCUCGGCAUUCGCGAAGGCGAUGAGAAGACCGACGAUUUCAGGAAUACCGUCGUCGGAAAUGUGUUACACGGGUGGGACGAGCGGACGCUGGAGGGCGGCUAUCCGUGGGCUCAGUGUUACGGCGGUUUCCAGUUCGGCGAGUGGGCCGGCCAGCUCGGUGACGGCCGCGUCAUAUCGCUGUUUGAGACCACGAACCCUAAUACCGGUGUGCGCAACGAAUUGCAGCUCAAAGGGGCAGGACAAACGCCGUACAGCCGUUUCGCCGACGGCUUAGCUGCUCUCCGAAGCAGCAUCCGAGAGUUCGUCGUCAGCGAGGCGCUGAACGCACUCGGCAUACCGACCACGAGGGCGUUGAGUUUAACGGUGAUGCCAAGUGUCCGCGUGUUUCGGGAGAGAAUCGAGCCCGCCGCCAUCGUGGCUAGAUUUGCGCCUUCUUGGAUGCGCAUCGGAACUUUUGAUAUCGUGCGGGCACGGGGCGAUAGAUACCUUAUUCGGCACCUUGCGACCUACGUAGCCGAAGAGGUUUUUGGCGGCUGGGAGACCCUGCCCGGGCGCCCGGAUGAUCCGGAGAAGCCGGCCGAGUCCCCUUCUCCGAGGCGCGGCAUCCCCGCGGACGAGAUCGAAGGACCCGACGAUACUGCUGAGAAUCGAUUCGUCCGUGUCUACCGAGAGAUCGUGCGGCGCAAUGCACUCACCGUCGCCAAGUGGCAGGCUUACGGGUUUAUGAACGGAGUUUUGAACUCCGACAACACGUCUCUCUCUGGGCUCAGUAUGGACUUUGGCCCCUUUGCCUUCAUGGACAACUUCGAUCCUAAUUACACUCCCAACCACGACGACGUCAAAGGCCGGUACAGCUACGGUAACCAACCGGGCAUAAUAUGGUGGAACUUGGUACGUCUUGGAGAGGCGCUUGGCGAGUAUCUGGGCGUCGCGUCGAAAAUAGACGACCCUUAUUUCGUGGAGCACGGCGUUAAACAAGAGGAGGUCAACGAGAUCGUUGAUAGGGCCGAGACAAUCAUUAUACAGAUUGGCGUCGAAUAUAGGGCCGUGUUCCUGGAGGAGUACAGGAGGCUCAUGUCGGCGCGGUUGGGAUUGAAGACCCAGAAAGAGAGCGAUUUCCACGAGCUCUUCAACAGUUUACUUAACACCAUGGAAGUCUUAGAGCUCGACUUCAACUUCUUCUUCCGUCGCUUAAGCUUGCUUAAGGUUACUGAAUUGGAGACGGAGGAGGCGAGGCGAGACAAGGCCGGCGUGUUCUUCUACAGCGACGGCGUCACGGGCUUUGGCGACGAAGAAGCAGAUCGCCAGCUCAUCGGCGAAUGGCUUUGCAGGUGGCGACUGCGCAUUCUCGAGGACUGGGGAGACGGACAGGCUGUCUCGGAUGAGCAGGACGGGGAGAGGAUGCGGGCGAUGAAGGGGGUGAACCCUAACUUUACCCCGAGGAGCUGGAUUCUCAACGAGGUCAUCACCCGAGUGCAGAAAUACGGCGAGAGAGGGGUCCUCGACAGGCUCGUGCACUUGUCCCUCCAUCCUUUCGAGGACAGCUGGGCCGGCCGCACCUUCGACGGCAAAGAGUACCAGGGCGACGCGGAGGAGGAGAUGAGGUGGACGAGCGAUGUCCCAAGGGAAAGCCGGGCACAGCAGUGCAGCUGCAGCUCGUAG